GCUGUCAUCGCGCACCUGCAGGACUACGAGUCCUCGCCGCCAGAGUCCACGAAGGCCUUGCGGGCGCUGUCGUCCCUGGCCUACGCGGACGCGUCCAAGGUCGGCAACGACGAGGCGGCCCUCGCGCAGCUGCUGCGGCUGCUGCUCAUCCACCCGGAUGCGGUGCAGCUUCAGUUGGCGGCCAUGCGCGCGCUGUGCAACAUGGCCUACGACCACAAGGUCGCUCUCGCUCGCGGUCCCCGAGGUCCUGUCCGCCCUGGUGACCGCGGUGGCGAAGCACCCGGAGCCGAAGGACGUGGGGGUGAAGGCGAGCGAGGCGCUGGCGCGCAUCGUGGCCGCCGAGACGCAGCCCACCGGCGAGAACGGCACCCCGAAGGAGACCACGAGGGGCCCGGGGGCCCUCUCCGGCCUCUUCCUCGCAGCCAGCCGCGGCGGGCCGUGCGCGGAGCAGGCGGUCCUGCCGGAGAGCUGAUCGGGCAGCUCAUCCGCAACGAGGUGGUGGAGCCCCCGCAGGUGGCGCAGCGCUUCGCCGCGGCGGGCGGCGAGCCGUGCUCGGCGCUCACGGCGGCGGGGUGGCUGGGGCUGGCGAAGCAGUUCUGCCUGUUCGACCUGCAGGAGCUUCCGCAGCUGAUGACGGACGCGGGCGCCAUCGCGCAGUGCACCAAGCUCAUGGAGAAACACAUAGGCGACCCCGUGGUGCAGCUCGGGGGCAUCGAGGCCAUGUCCAGCUUGGUGGGCAACCGCUGGGCUGGACUCCAGUCCUUUGCGGAGGUCGGCGGCAUGAGGUCCAUCGAGGCCGCGAUGGGCGCGCACAAGGGCGACGCCAUGAUCCAGACGAAGGGGGUGAGGGCCCUGUCAAGCGGGAUCCUGUGGCCGGAGGACGACAUCCAGAAGAAGUCUGGCUACGAUACGAGGACCUCGGAGCAUGGAGCUCACCCAGGCGGCGUGCGAAGGCCACAAGGAGAGACCGUGGAGCUGCAGACCGCAGCGCUCGAGGCACUGGCGAAGUACGUGGAGAACAAGGAGCUCGCCAAGCUGUUCGCUGCAGCAGGGGGCGAGCAGCUCGUAAAGGACAUCAUGAGCCAGCACGCUGGGACGGCGAAAGUGAAGAGCUUUGGCGACAUGGUGCUCACGGGCGUUAAGCGCCUGGGCCCUGCUUUUGCAGGGACCGAGCGGCAGCAGAAGCUGGUCCGUGGUGAGCUUGCCGCGACGGGCGGAGGUCUGGGCCCCGCCGCGAUGGGCUCCCGCGGCGAGCGGAUGCGACGCCGCCUGCGGCUGCUGCCCCACCUGCUAGCCGGCGCGGGCGCGGCGCUGCUGGCGGCGGCGGGGCUCUCGUCGCGUUGGAGGUCCCGCAUGGCCGACCAAUGGCAGGGCCUGCGGUCCAGGUACGAGCUUGGCUCGGUCGAGGAGAUGUGGGCGCGGACGAGCGCAGACUCGCGGAGGCGAGGAUGUGGGCCGAGAGGGACAGGCAGGAACUGCAGGAGCAGCUGGAGAGAAAGAAGGCCAGGAUCCGCCAGCGCGCCGCGCGCAGGAGCGAGGCGCCGGAGGCGCAUGGACGAGCAGCGCGCCGCCAAGGUCAGAGGUCGGCUGGGCACCGUCGAGACCGCCUGGCGCACCGGCCGGGACAGGCAGGCUCGCAUCGGCCACCAGGAGCGGGAGGCGAGGGACCUCGGCGAGGCGAGCGACGGCAGCCAGCAGUUUUUGCGGGCUCGUAGCAGGGCCCGUGGUGAGCACGAGCCUGAGAGGCGCGACGACUUGGCGGAGCGGCUGCGGGAGCGGGAGCGGCUGGCUGGGAUCAGGGCGCAGAACGAGCCCGCCGAGUGGUUCCUGCAGCGCGUGGAGAGGAGGUGGAUGUGGUUGCUGGAGAGGGAGGAGAAGAUGGAGCAGAGGGCGAGAAGUUACGACGAGCAGCUCGAGGCGCAGGUGCGCGCCGAGGAGGAGAGGGAGGAGAGGCACACGCAGGCGCGGCUCCAAGAGGUGGAGAGAAGGCUUGCAAGGGCCGAGAAGGAAGCCAAGACGGUGAAGAACCAGGCGCGGGGCGGCGCCGUGCCCGCGAGCCGGCCGCGGGAGCGGCAGAGACAGGCGCGGGAGCCCCGGCGCGGCCGCGAGGAGGCCCCCCACGAGAGGGCGCCUCGCUUGAGCCGCGAGGCCGCGACCGCAGAGAACAUGGAGCUCAGGCGCCACGCGAUCCAGGAGGAGGCGGAGCUGAAGGCCAGCGGCGCCCCGGA